AUGAGGGCCAAACGUUCAAAGAAGUACCGCAAGCUUAUGCACCAAUAUGAGCUCGCAUUCGGCUUCCGCGAACCAUACCAAGUCCUAGUGGACUCAAACUUCCUCAAUGCCGUACACUCCUUCAAGAUGGAGCUACUCCCUUACCUCGAGCGCACACUGCAGGGCAAGGUCAAGCCUCUCCUCACAAAAUGCUCCCUAGCAGCCAUCAUGGCCAACCAACCAAUCAACCCUCGCACCAACAACCCCGUCCGUCCCGCACAACUCCCCCCGCCCACCGUCCUCCCAUUGCGCCACUGCUCCCACAACGAAGACGCCUCUCCUAUCGACGAAACAGAGUGCCUGCUUUCUCUUCUUUCGCCGUCCGCAGACGUCAAGCGGAAUAAGGAGCAUUAUAUCCUUGCUACGGCGGACCCGGCGACGCCCAAGGCUUCAUCGCAGAACGACAAGAAGCGGAAGCGGGGUGUCGAUGAGGCCGAGAUUGCGCUGAGAAAGUCGAGGAUGUUUAGGAGCGCUGCGCGGGCUAUCCCCGGUGUGCCGAUUGUUUACGUGAAGCGGUCUGUUAUGGUUUUGGAGCCGAUGAGUUCGUUGAGUGAGGAGCUGAGAGACGGGUAUGAGAAUGGGAAGUUCAGGGCUGGGUUGAACGAUGAUGCGGCUCCGAAGAAGAGUGGGGACGGGGAGAAGAAGAAGAAGGGAUUUAAGAAGGUGAAGGGCCCGAAUCCUUUGAGUAUGAAGAAGCCGAAGAAGAGGGAUGCUGAGUCGGCUGGGCCUCCGAAGAAGAGGCAGGCCACGGAGGAUGGAGAGGGCAAGGAGUCUACGGAGAGGACGGAAGAAGGUGAUUCUGCGCCCAAGGCGAAGCGGAGGAGACGUCAUCAUAACCGCGGUGCUAAAACUGAAGGCGAGGAUGGAGGCGAUGCGGCUCCUGCUGUCACGAUGGAGGAGUGA